GAACGCAAAGUAAUGACCGACGAUGAAGUUUUCGAGGAAUUACGAAAGUUAUGUUGUCUCUCGGACCCGAAAGAGGUCUAUCAGAUGCAGCAAGAAGUGGGAAAAGGAGCUUCCGGAAGUGUUUUUAUCGCACUCGACAAACAAACUCGGCAACAAGUUGCAAUUAAAGUCAUGAAUAUCGACACACAACCAUCGAAAGAAUCUUUAAUUAACGAAAUUCGGGUCAUGAAGGAUUUUGCGCACCCAAAUUUGGUUAAUUUUUUGGACUCUUUCUUCAUUGAGACGGCAUUCAAGCGGCAAUUAUGGGUCGUGAUGGAAUACAUGAGUGGCGGACCAUUAACAGACAUUGUCAUUGAAACGGUGAUGAAGGAGCAUCAAAUUUCCUAUGUGACACGAGAAACGCUCAAAGCGCUGAAAUUUCUGCAUGACAAGGGAGUCAUUCACAGAGAUAUCAAAUCGGAUAAUGUCCUGAUGGGACUCGAUGGCAGAGUGAAAGUUACGGAUUUUGGGUUUUGUGCGAACGUACAAGGCGAUGAGAAACGGAUGACGGUGUGUGGGACGCCGUAUUGGAUGUCGCCAGAGAUUGUAACGCGAAAAAAGUAUGGAAAAAAGGUCGACAUCUGGUCCCUCGGAAUAAUGAUAAUAGAAAUGCUCGACGGAGAGCCUCCCUACAUGAACGAGACCCCUUUCCGUGCCGCCUACUUGAUCGCUGCCAAUGGAAGACCGCAAAUCAAGACCACAGGAUUGUCGGCACCGCUAUCUGACUUCCUUGAUCGAACGUUGGAAGUGGAUGUCGACAAGCGCGCACCUUGUCAUGAACUUCUAAACCACGAAUUCAUCGUAAAAAACAACGGAGAAGCCAAAUCAGUCAUUCCACUGGUGAAAGUUGUGCAAAAAAUCAAAAAACAAAAGUUUUAA